GGGGUUUGUUAAAGUUGUCAAGAACAAGGCCUACUUCAAGAGAUACCAAGUGAAAUUUAGAAGACGAUGAGAGGGCAAAACUGAUUAUGAUGCUCGAAAACGCUUGGUAAUCCAAGAUAAAAAUAAGUACAAUACACCCAAAUACAGGAUGACAGUUCGUGUAACCAACAGGGAUAUCAUCUGCCAGAUUGCUUAUGCCCGGAUAGAAGGGGCUAUGAUUGUCUCUGCAGCUUAUGCUCACGAACUUCCCAAGUAUGCUGGGAAAGUUGGCCUGACCAAUUAUGCUGCAGCCGAUUGCACUGGCCUGCUGCUGGCCCGCAGGCUUCUUAAUAGGUUUGGCAUGGACAAAAUCUUGGAAGGCCAAGUGGAGGUAACUGGAGAUGAAUACAAUGUGGAAAACAUUGAUGGUCAACCUGGUGCCUUCACCUGCUAUCUGGAUGCCGGCCUUGCCAGGACUACCGCUGGAAAUAAAGUGUUUGGGGCUCUGAAGGGGGUUGUGGACGGAGGCUUGUCUAUCCCUCCUAGUACCAAGCGAUUCCCCGGUUAUGAUUCAGAAAGCAAGGAAUUCAAUGCAGAGGUGCAUCGAAAACACAUCCUGGGUCAGAACAUCGCAGAAUACAUGCGCUACCUAAUGGAAGAGGAUGAAGAUGCUCACAAGAAACAAUUUUCUCAAUACAUAAAGAACGUAACUCCUGACAUGAUGGAGGAGAUGUACAAGAAAGCACAUGCCACUAUACGAGAGAAUCCGGUCUAUGAGAAGAAGCCUAAGAGAGAUGUGAAAAAGAAGAGGUGGAAUCGUCCCAAAAUGUCUCUUGCCCAGAAGAAA